CGAGCUAGGCGACAUCCAAAAGCAAGUGGCGCCCGUUCGUCCGUGAACCGAUGCUCAUCAAAUUCGAUCGUUCCAACAGCAAAAGAUCGAUCGAGGCAAGCAUGCAUGUCUCAUCCCGGACCCGGAGCAUCUGUAUAUAUAUACAUGCCAAAUCUGGGGGGAGUUACACCCAUCCAUUCAUGUGCGAGCUCUGAAGCCCUUCACACACCACUGAGAGACAGCAUGGGAACAAUGGCGCCCUCACCUGCUCUGCUGCCAGUGCUCCUCCUCCUGCCCCUGCUGCUCCUCUCCGUCGUCUGUACUGCAGGCGCAGCGCCGGCAGCAACAGCAACGGUGCCAACGAUACCAUCUCAGCCCGGCAAGCCGAACUCGAACAACAAGCAGAAGCAGGGGGGCGCGCCGCUGGGGCCGGCGGUGCGCGCGCUGGUGCAGUCCACCUGCAACGCCACCACCUACUACGACCUCUGCGUGGCCGCGCUCGUGGCGGACCCCGCCAGCUCCACCGCCGACCUCCGCGGCCUCUGCGCCAUCGCCGUCUCCGCGGCGGCCGCCAACGCCUCCGCCACCGCGUCCGCGCUCGCCAACACCACCUGGGCCGCCUCGGGCGCCCCAGAGCCGGGCAGCGACGGGCGCGCGCAGCAGGUGCCGGCGCUCCUGACGAGGACCUGCGCCGGCAAGUACGGCGAGGCGCGGGAGGCGCUGCUGGAGGCCCGGGAGUCGGUGGGCGAGGAGGCGUACGACUACGCGUUCGUGCACGUGGGCGCCGCCGCCGAGUACCCCGCGGUGUGCCGGACGAUGUUCCGGAGGAAGCGGGUGCCCUACCCCGUGGAGCUGGCCCGGCGGGAGGAGGCGCUGGAGCACCUCUGCACCGUCGUCAUCGACAUCAUCACGCUCCUCGCCUAGCCUGUCACAAGUGACUCAAGCCCCAUUGAUCCCGCCUGAACGUAUUCUGUUUAUCGUUGUGAUUCAUGUAUGGCACGCAUCACAGUUUUAAAUUUCCCGUUAGACGAAUAAUCGCAUGCGGUUUGGCAUGCAGAUUACGUACUCCUGUAGUAACUACUUCCACUGUAAUACCAUUAUCGAGCGUAAACCGGAGUGUACUGGGCACUACUACUGUAACUUUGAAAGUGCAUGUUCGCACACAGAAUUUGAGUUCAGGGUUUCCCGCAAAAAUAUAAAAAGA